CGGCCUGGCAUUUCCGUCCUCGGGUCUGCCUCGGUCCGUCCGAGUUUUCUGUCGUUCAUCGUCUUGCGUCUGCUGCUCCGGCCCACCGCCCGCCCUCUUCCUCUGUCGUCUCUUUCUUCAAGCAUGAUCCGCUGGGCUCGUUCAUCGCUGCAGCUUGCGCGCACCUCGCUCAGUGCUCCCAAGCCUUCUCUGGCUCGAGGAUCUCUGCGCACGUUUGCCUCGCAGUCGUCGCUCAACUCCUUCACUGCCGAGGAGAACAUGCUCCGCGAAACAGUCCGCAAAUUCGCUGUCGAGCAGGUCAAACCCUUGGUCGCCAAAAUGGAUGAGUCUGAGGAGCUGGACAAGGGGGUUCUUAAGGGCCUCUUCGAGCAGGGCCUUAUGGGCAUCGAAACCAGCUCCGAUUACAACGGAGCCGACUGCUCCUUCACUUCGGCCAUCAUCGUUAUCGAAGAACUGGCCAAGAUCGACCCCUCGAUCAGUGUUAUUUGCGAUGUGCAAAACACCCUUGUCAACACUCUAUUCCGCAAGUACGCUACUAAGGAGCAGCAAGAAAAGUACCUCACUCGUCUCGCAACCGACACGGUUGGCUGCUUCUGUCUCUCUGAGGCGGGCUCGGGCAGUGAUGCAUUUUCUCUGACAACCCGUGCCACCAAGGAGGGUGAUCACUAUAUCCUGAGCGGCUCCAAGAUGUGGAUCACCAACUCCAAGGAGGCCGAUAUCUUCCUGGUCUUUGCCAACAUCGACCCCUCCAAGGGAUACAAGGGAAUCACCUGCUUUAUCGUUGAGAAGGAGAUGGGCGUCAAGAUUGCCAAGAAGGAAACUAAGCUUGGUAUCCGCGCCUCCUCGACCUGCGCUCUCUCCUUUGACGACAUCAAGGUUCCUGCCGAAAAUGUCCUUGGGGAGGUCGGCAAAGGAUACAAGUAUGCCAUCGAGAUCCUCAACGAGGGCCGCAUCGGCAUUGCUGCCCAAAUGCUUGGUCUUGCCCAAGGUGUCUUUGACGAGGCCCUUGCGUACGCCUUCCAGCGAAAGCAGUUCAACACUCUCAUCGGCGAUUUCCAGGGCGUCCAGCACCAGUACGCCCAAGUUGCUGUGGAGAUUGAAGCCGCCCGUCUCCUGACUUACAAUGCCGCCCGGUUGAAGGAGGAAGGCAAGAGCUUUGUCAAGGAGGCCGCCAUGGCCAAGCUUUACGCUUCGCAGGUCGCCGAAAAGUCCGCAUCCAAGGCAAUCGAGUGGGUUGGCGGAGUCGGAUUUACACGAGAGUUCCCGAUUGAAAAGUUCUUCCGCGACUGCAAGAUUGGCGCCAUCUACGAGGGAACGUCCAACAUUCAGCUCCAGACCAUUGCCAAGAUGCUCCGAAGCAAAUACGUGUAAAUGCCUGAUUGACGGCAAGACACGACAGCGUUCGCACAGUCAAAGGUUUACAUAGUCGAGCGAAACGCUAGCUUUUGCGAUCUUGAGGCGCCAUUCUCCUGGAUCUCGAAGACACAAGUCAUGGUGUGUCCAAGAGCACUGCUUUCCAACAUACUCCCGACUUUGGUGUCGCUACGUUGCGAUCCUACAGCUUGAUGCACACAAUCUUGAUAUGCCAGUCGAUCGACGGCCAAGGUCGGCUUAGCACAUUUGGAUGCGCGUGUUCCAAUCUACGUUUCUCGCAGCAAUAUAGUACACUUUGCACAUGAGCAAACCGGUGCCUCCUGGGACUGGAUGCAGAGCCCUUGCCUUGAUGCCAUUUCAUUUUGGAAACGCUGCAAGAAUCGGAC